AUGGGCGACAGGAAGGCCGUUAUCGUGGGCAUCAGCGGCGCGUCGUCAAGCGGGAAGACCACGCUUGCCCGCCUCCUCCGCGACAUUCUCCCCAACACUUUCAUCCUCCACGAAGAUGACUUCUACAAAGCUGAGAGCGAGCUCCCGACCCGGGACGGGCUUCUAGACUGGGACUGUGCCGAGGCACUCUCGAUUCCAGAUAUGACAAAAGCCCUAAGCCAUAUCCGUGGUAACGGGACUUUCCCACCGUUCGUAGACUCCAAGGAGGAUCAGAACUCCGUGGGCAAAUGCCCUGUAUCCGAUGCCAAAAUCGCGGCUAUGAAAAGCAAAGUGGACGAAUGGUUACAACCAGGGAGGAAAGGACACGAGAUCCUGAAGGAAGGCGGCCUGAAGGUCUGCCUUCUGGACGGUUUCCUGCUCUAUUCGAAGGACCUGCAGAGCGCUAUGGACUUGCUGGAUAUCAAACUAUUCCUUCUCGUCAGUCGAGCCAAAGCAACUCAGCGCAGGGAGGCAAGAGAUGGCUACGUGACAUUGGAAGGCUUUUGGGCGGACCCGCCGGGCUACGUGGAUAAGAUCGUGUGGCCAAACUACGCCGAAUCCCACGCCUGGCUUUUCGAAGACGGUGAUGUGGAAGGAACACUGAGUGAGCGCGCUUUGGCUGAGACGAAGAUCUUGGCCCAGAAAGGGCUUGGAUUAGACGUCGACAUGGAGACAACUUUCGAGUGGACCGUGGACAUGUUGAUAGAACAGCUUGAAGCAUUUUGGGAGCAGCGGCCAGCUGUUGAUACAUAG